GCACACUAUAGACCCCAUGUGCAUUGGCAGAAGUAAAAAGCUGGAUCAGCACAUACCCAAAAGCUGUGCAUCUCUGCCAACUGUGCUACUCUAUCACCAUUGACAUGCACAGGACUCUCCCAAUGUGGCUUUUGGACACUAUUAAAAGAAUUAUACUUGCCCCUUCAAAAUAUUAACUAGACUGGAAGAAAUGUCAUCUCCCGAAGGGACAUGGCCAAUUUCACACAUAGGUUGUCCAGAACCCCAAAAUGAGGAUUGACACUUAGAGUUUCCCCAAAUAGCCUUUAAAGUAUCCUGUGACCAUUUUAGUGGCCAAAUGUGGGAUUUUGGUUGCCACUACUUUUGAAAAUUGGGCCAUUUUUUCUUCAGAGACGCAAGAGGCUUCUGAAGAAAAAUAUACAACUGGUUAUUUUGAUGCAGCAUAAAAGUGUCAGUGUUUCCACUUCGGCUUUUAGGGUGGAAUUUAUAAAGCAGCAUAAGGGAGUUAGAUGACUGAAUCCCAUAAUUCAAUGGGAGUUGGACGCCUAACUCUCUUAGGCCCCUUUGAGAAUCCCAGCCCGUAUGUUUGUUUUGCUCUAUAGGUUUGGUGUGGUGAGUGGCAGAUUCCUUUCCACCAGGGGGUAUUUGUUUUGGAGUCAACACCCUUGCUGUUGGCUCCAUUAAAAUGUCUGUGUGUGAGGACAUGUUGCUGUGCAAUUACCGCAAGUGCCGUGUCAAGCUCUCAGGCUAUGCCUGGGUCACGGCUUGCUCACACAUCUUCUGUGACCAGCACGGCAGUGGGGAAUUCAGCCGUUCACCAGCAGUCUGUCCUGCCUGCAACAGUGCCCUCUCUGGCAAGCUAGACAUUGUCCGCACUGAGCUAAGUCCCUCUGAAGAACACAAGGCCAUGGUGUUGGCUGGACUUCGGCCAGAGACUGUGCUGGACAUCAGCUCCCGCGCACUCGCCUUCUGGACAUACCAGGUUCACCAGGAGCGCCUGUACCAGGAAUACACCUACAGCAAGGCUGAGGGACACCUGAAGCAGAUGGAGAAGGUGUACACCCAGCAGCUGCAGAGUAAGGACAUGGAACUGACCUCCAUGAAGAGCGAGGUCUCCUCCCUGAAGAAGGUGCUGGAGGAGUACAAGAAGAAGUUCAGCGAGCUCUCUGAGAAGCUCAUGGAGCGCAACCGCCAGUACCAGAAGCUCCAGGGCCUCUACGACAGCCUCCGUCUGCGCAACAUUGCCGUGGCUAAUCAGGAGGCUGCCCACGAGCCUCCCAUGAUGCCUCAGCCUGCUGUCUUUGGCUUCCCAUUGGGUAAUGCUGCCAGGUUCCCUGGGGAUGCCACACCAGUCCGGGGCAGGUGUGGGGAGGGAGACUUCCACUUCAAACCCUUCUUUGCCACAUCCCCACCUGCGGGUGAAUCCAGCAACAGCUUCUUCACCUUCGCCUCUCCCAGCAACGAGCUGGAGCCACAUCCUGGAGCCAGCAGGGCCUACAAGAUGAAGAGGAUGUAACCGGUAAUGCACCUUCCACACCUGCCUCUUGGAAAUUCAGCCCAUCCGUCAGUGGGGGAAAGAGCGAAAAUGCUUAUUGUCUGGAUCUGGGUUUCUCCUCAGUAUUGGGAUAUUUCUUUUAGGUAUUGUAAUGUAAUCACCCUCUGAUUGUCACCGGCAGAUUGUCUUGACCUCUCAUCCUAGUCUGUAAUGCCCUGUCACCUCUGAUUGUCAAUUUCAUUGUCACAACCUGUCACCAACAGACUGUCCCUCAGACUGUAAACCUCUCUCACCCUUGUAUUGUCCCCCUCAGAUUGUAAAAUUGACACCCUCUGACUGUAAUAUCCCAUCGCAUUUGGACCAAGAUCCUCAAGGCACAUAAAUACCUUUGAGGAUCUGGGCCUGGUUCUGAUGUACUCUGCUUAAUAGGUUAUAAAUUUAUUGUUGUUGUCUGUGUGUGUGUGUGAGAUAAUGUGUGGGUGUGUCUGUGUUUGUCUCUAUGUGUGCAUGCAAAUCUAUGCAAGUGUGUAUUCUGGUAUGUGUUUGCCUCUGUGUAUGUAUUUGGGUCAAUCUAUGCGUGGGUGUGCUUGUUUGUACACAUGGGUGUAUAAAUCUAGAUAGCUAUGUAUUAUCUGUGUGUGUAAGUCAAUAUGUGUGCUUAAAUCUGUGUGUGUAUUUUGGUGUGUCUUUCUCUCUUGUGUAUGUAUACAGAUAUAUAUGUGGGUAGGUGCCUCUUGCUGUGUGUGCAUUUAUCUCUGAAUGGGGGAGGAUGCGUAGCUCCAUGGGUGUGUACAUGCAUAGUUUCGCUUUUAUAUUUAUGCUUGUUUUCAUAUGUGUGUGUGUAUUUCUCAGUGUUAUCCAGUAUGUUCCCCUGGGUACACUCCACCUCAUCCUUCCCUUUGCAGUUAUUUUCCCCCACUUAAAGUUCAGCCAUGUUCAUUUCCCACUCAUUAAUUUAGCCCUCACUUUCACAAGGAUUUAUAAUUUUUGGGCCCCACAAUGGGAGAAGCAGGGUUGGUUUUGGCAUCUCGCAACCAAUGGAUUUGUGCACUGUAUACAGUGACCUUUGUAAAUAGGUUGUUCACCCUCUCAGAAAUAAGAUUAGCAAAAAAAGAAAGGAAAAAAAUUGAUCUUUUGUAUCUUGGUUUCUAGUCCUUGUUGGAUCAAGCAUGUCCGCAGUGUGGGAGGUGGGCAGUGUAGGGAGGGCAGGUUGGGUGUGGGUCUGUGAGAUCAGGGAAGG